AUGGUAGAAGAUAGUCAGUUUGUCCACUGUCAAGUCCGUAUGACUGGGUUGAAGGUUCCUUUUUAUGUUUCGUUUGUUUAUGGUCGCAACACAGUGGAGGAAAGGAAGGAAUUAUGGCACAAAAUUCCUAUAUGUACAGCUGAUAGUUGGAUUGUAAUGGGAGACUUUAAUGCAGUGUUUAAGGCGAAUGAAAGGGAUGGUGGUAAGCCUAUUUCUAAGGCUGAGAUUGUGGACUCUUCCCAAUGGUUUAAUAAUUCUCAGCUUGAGGUGCUUAAACAAACAGGUUCUUUUUUUACAUGGACGAACAAUCAAGAAGGCCAGGCUCGAAUUUAUUCGAAAAUUGACCAUGCUUUUGCUAAUGAGAAGUGGAGGUUCAAAUCAGUGGUUAUGGAUAGCUGGAGCAAAUUUUCUCAGGGGAAUGGCUUACGGGCUCUGUACUAUAAGCUGUUAAGGCUGAAACAUCAGCUGAAACAGUUUAACAAAGACCAAAUAGGAGAUAUUGGCUUUCAAUUUCAAAAGGCUAAAUCUGAUUUUCAAGAGGCUCGUUUGCUUGCUCAGCGCUUUCCUGGUGAUAUAGCUCUUCAGAAUGCUGCUCAAACAGCUGCUGAAUGUUUUGGCAGAAAAGAUCAGAUGUAUCAUAGUUUUUUGAUGCAGAGAAGUAAGAUUGAUUGGAUUAGGAAGGGAGACUCUAAUACAGCUUAUUUUCAUGCCUACUUGAAGAAAAGACGAGCUGAAAACAAAAUAGCUUCAUUUAUAAAUGAACAAGGCAACUUGGUGGAUAAUUUUUCUGAGUCUCCUGGCCCAGAUGGUUUUGGAUCAGGUUUUUUCAAGGUAGUGUGGCAGGAGGUUGGGAGUGAAGUGUGUUUAGCUAUAAAUCAGAUUUUUGAUACAGGGAAAAUUCCUGAAGGUUUUCUAGACACCACGUUAUCACUGAUCCCUAAAUGUGAGAAUCCUUCCAAAGCUAGUGACUAUAGACCGAUUGCUUGCUGCACUACCAUUUAUAAGUGUAUUUCCAAGUUAAUUUGUUCUCGUUUAGCUAAGGUUCUCCCUGGUUUAGUUCAAGCGAAUCAGGGUGCAUUUGUCAAAGGUAGAUCAAUAGCUCACAAUAUAAUGAUUUUUCAGGACCUUAUCAAGAAUUAUGGGAGAUCAGCUGCCUCCCCAAGGUGUGCUAUUAAAAUAGAUAUAAGCAAAGCUUAUGACACUGUUGACUGGUGGUUUGUUGGUGAUCUUUUAUCUGAGUUAUGCUUCCCUGAGAAAUUUAUAAAGUGGAUUAUGUCUUGCCUAACUAAUACUUCCUACUUAUUGCUCAUGAAUGGAAGGGUUCAAGGAAAAUUUAAGGGUGAAAAGGGGCUUAGGCAAGGGGAUCCUUUGUCCCCCCUUUUAUUUGUUUUAAUCAUGGAAUACUUAACUCGGAGGCUCCAAAUGGCUGCUUGUGUUCCUACUUUUAGAUACCACCCAAUGUGUAAAAGCUUGAAUCUUCUUAACCUGUGUUUUGCAGAUGACUUACUUUUGUUUUGCAAAGGCAAUUUAGCUUCGGUCCAGGUGCUAAGGGAAGCUCUUGAGGAAUUCAGUUUAGUGUCUGGGUUGGUAAUCAAUACUAACAAGUCUCAUGUUUAUUUUGGAGGGAUCCCAGCUGAUCAAAGGCAGAAGAUGGCCACUGAAUUACAUCUGACUGAAGGCUCAUUUCCCCUUAAAUAUCUUGGGGUGCCAAUGAGACCCACAAAAUGGAAGCAUGAAGAUUGUGACAUCAUAGUCCAAAAGUUUAGAAUGCGAAUUCAUAGCUGGGCUAGUAGGCACUUAUCUUAUGUGGGUAGGAUUCAGCUUAUUCACUCAGUCCUUUUUGGUCUUAGGAAUUAUUGGAUGGGGAUAUUCAUUCUUCCUCAGAGCAUAAUCAAGGAAAUUGAAAAGUUAUGUAGAAGCUUUCUUUGGGGAGUUAAUGGGAAUAGAAAUAAAAUUCACUUAGCUUCUUGGAACAAAGUUUGUCUCCCUAAAGCCUAUGGUGGUCUUGGUUUUAGGAAUGGUUUAGCUUGGAACAAGGCAAUUUUGGCCAAGUACAUAUGGGCAAUUACUGAGAGGCUGGACUUACUCUGGGUUAAAUGGAUUAAUGCAGUCUAUUUUAAAGGGACAUCUUUCUGGCCUUAUCAGGUUUCUCAAGACUCAAGUUGGUACUGGAAAAAGCUUUGUAAACUCAGGGAACUAUACACUUUUAGGGAGGUUUUUGAAGCGGGUUAUACUGGGAAAUUCCAUUCGGCUCUGUUGUAUAACAGCUCCCUAUGUCAGCAACAGGUUGGGUACCACAGAGCAGUUUGGUGUAGGCUAUCUGUUCCUAAGCAUCGAUUUGUGCUUUGGCAAACAGUCAAUUCUUAUCUCUUAACUUGUGACAAUCUGGUUAGGUUCACAGUGAGGAUUGAAUCUCAGUUGUGUCCUGUUUGUGGAAUGGUUAAUGAGUUCCAUGGUCACCUAUUUUUUGACUGCUAUCUGUCUAGGCAAGUCAUCAAAUUCAUCUUUAGUUGGCUGGGAUUUCAAGCUUGGCCAAUGGACUUUUCAAGCUGGCUGGUUUGGUUAGCCAAUAGGCGGACUAGGAUGAUUGCUGACAUCUGUUUCUCAUUACUUGCAGCAGUGGUGUAUGGAGUCUGGAAGAAUAGAAAUCAUUAUGUUUUUGACAAUUGUUCUUGGACAACUUCCAGUAUCUCUUCUGGUAUAAUUGAUUGUAUGAAAUAUAGGUUUUUUACUGUUAAAAAUAGGAAUCUCUCUGGCCUGGAGCAGAGAUUCUUAAGUAGAUUACUUAUGUAA